AUGAUUUUUAUAGAUCAAGAAAAUCGCGAUCAGGGAAAGAGCUCAGGAGAAUCGAUGGCGGCUGGUGAUGUGCUUUUACAUGCUGCGAACCCGCUACCCUCCAAAAAUAGCGACACAGAGAGUGCAGUUGGCAGGCAGAAAUCACGGCUGAGUCAACUAAGUGCCAGAGUAAGAGCAGUUUUACCGAAAGGAAGGGACCGUGUUCAGGCAACUGGUAACACUGAAGUUGAGCCUGAGAACGUAGCAGACGAGAAGAAGGGUGUAGUCUACGCUGAACUAGCACUUGGCGAUCAGAACGCUGAAAAGCCGCCGCCACCAUCCACAGAGUACGCAGAGAUUGUCUACACCGACCAGCCGCCACAGAUUAAAGAAAAUAAAGAAUAA